CAUAAAUCAGCGUUUACGCACCAGCGGGCUGUCCCAGCAGACGGUCCCGUCACAUCAACGCUCAUAAUCACCUUGUUGCCAGAGUCCACAUGAAGGAGGGAUCAGCAAAAAGAGGGAUUUCCGUUCAGCAGAGGAUUGGAGCCAGUGUUCCGGAGAGACGGAGAGAGGAGGCUGCGUGUGCGCCCUCCUGAGCGGAUUAAAGCGGCUGCAGAUCCGAGAACACAGUUAUGUUGGCUGCCCUGCUCCUCCUGUUGCUCCCGGCCCUGGUUGCCAUGGCGCCCCCCUCCAGCGGUCUCCCCGGGGCCUGCACACGCUGCUGUGAUCAUCUGGGGCCAGAAGAGGGCAGCGGGGAUCAGCCGGCGAUGGGCGAGCUGAGCGUGGUCCCGGAGAUCCGCACCUACAUCAACAUGACCAUCCUGAAAGGUGACAAAGGAGACCGUGGGGACAGAGGGACCCCAGGUAAAGCUGGACUAGAAGGCGCUCCGGGGUCUAUAGGACCCACGGGUCCACAGGGCAGUAAGGGUCAGGCGGGUUUCCCGGGAGAGCCCUGCAAGGCCCAGUACUCUGCCUUCUCCGUCGGCCGCCGCAAGUCCCUGCACAGCCUGGAGGUCUACCAGACGCUGGUGUUCGACACGGUCUUCGUCAACCUGGACGGCCACUUCAACAUGUUCGACGGGAAAUUCCUCUGCCGCAUCCCGGGGAUCUACUUCUUCAACGUCAACAUUCACACCUGGAACUUCAAGGAGACGUACGUGCACAUCAUGCAGAACGAGACGGAGCGGGUGAUCGUGUACGCCCAGCCCAGCGACCGCUCCAUCAUGCAGAGCCAGAGCCUGAUGCUGCAGCUGGAGCUCGGCGACGAGGUGUACGUCCGCCUCUACAAGCGCGAGAGGGAGAACGCCAUUUACAGCGACGACGUAGACAUCUAUAUCACCUUCAACGGAUACCUCGUCAAACCCAAUGAGGGGGACAAUUAAGAGCGCAGGGCUGGUGAAUAUAACACACUGUUUAAAAAAACUAAUAAACAUCACUUCCACACAAAAUUCUUCUUUCAUCUUAACCUUUUUUUUUUAAAUGUUAUCUCACACUCAUCAUGCAAUUGAAGAAUAAGCAACGCAAAAGUGACACAGUCUGAAACUUCAACUCAUGUCCUGGAAAAUGGAAAUCUGAAAGUGGACACUUUUUCUUUCUUCCUGGUACCACUGGUACCGCGCGUCAAAGAUGAAGCCAAAGUCAUGAGGAAAUGGAUUAGAUGAGGACAAAGACUGGAAACAUGAUGAAUAAGGUAACAUGUAGUCGUGCAAAAACAACAAUCGUGCAGUCGUGUGUGCUGGUUGGAGCACAUGGCCAGCAGUCUGCUGCUGUUUCCAUUGGCUGAAUAAUUCAUUCAUCAUUUCUUUGUUUACGUGCCACGCUGGUCGGCAGACUUUUCUUUGUUGUUGGAAAAAACAGAGCACCUGCUUGUACCUGAGUGUUUCUGCCAACUACACUGCAGAAACAGUCCCUCUAGAAAUGAGUCUAACGUUCCAUAAAUCUACUCAAAAUGGUCUAAUUUUAAGCAACUACAUCUUAAAACUUGCAAAUAGUCUUCAAUUUUCUUGAAAAGUAAAAAAAAAAAAAAGCCUUGUUUCAACAGUUUUUUGCAGUGUAGCUGUCUGUUAUGACUUCAUAUUCACCAAGUCUGAGGGUAUUUAUCAUCCAAAAUAUCAAUCCAGAUCUGUUACUGUGCCUUACUAACAUAAUGUGUAACAUGUGGAUUAUAAAAGACAUCAAUAAAAUGUUGAGCUUCAGAAACGUCAACGUUCACGAGCAGUUCCAGAGUUUGUAGCUGCAAAUCCAGCGUUGCUACUCUAAAAUAAAUGUCUCAGAGGAAUUCAAGUUGCUGUGUAAAA